AUGAAACUUGUUACGUCACUGAAUCUGCUAGGACUGGAGUGGUAUAUUCAACCUCCAGUGUACAAGGAGUUGAAAAACAAAUACAACUGCCGAAUGGUGACUAAAGAAGAAGCAAACCGAGAGGAAAUCAUCGCAGACUUGAGAAAGCAACAGGGAGAAGUAUUCAAGUGCGGACUCGGCAGAUGCGUCAAGACUAAAGCGAAGUUGCUGUUGAGAGACAACGCUGUACCUGUUUUUAAGAAGAAGCGACCAGUGCCCAUUGCCUCCGUGCCGGAUUUGGAUGCUGAAAUUGAUGGCUAG